AUGCAAAAGAGCAAGGAAAUCGGCGACCCUCCGCAGGACGACUUCAAGUGGUUCGGCGAGGGCUUUGAUGGCUUCCCCAAGCGCCUCCCAGACGACACGGUCGAGUACAUCAUCUAUGCAAUCAACUCGACGGCUGCCACAGACUCGCAGGUCCGCGAACGGCUCAGAGCUGUGGAAACGGCGGCAAACCUUCUCAGCAAGAAACUUCUUAAAGACUACAUAUGGCAGCGCGACUCUUUCAAGCUGGAGCUGAAGAGAGAGGACGGCACGUGGCUACUGCGCGGCACCACCAACUACGGCGAUUCCGUGGCCGACGAGUGGCUGAUCGUCUACCUGCUUCGCGAAAUAAGCAAGCAGUAUCCCGACGCCUGGAUCCGCGUCUACGACACCGACGGCGAGUUUCUCCUCAUCGAAGCCGCCAACACCCUUCCAAAAUGGCUCAAUCCGGAAGUGGCCGAAAACAGAGUCUGGCUCAACGACGGCCAAAUAAAAAUCAUCCCCCUGUCCGGCCCGCCCACCGCCCCAGAAAAACGUCCCCUAACCCUCCCGGAAGCCCGCUCCAUCAUCGCAACCGGCACCCCCGUCGCGCCAACCGACUCGCCCUUGAUCGAGUCCGAAGCCUUCUACCGGCUGCGCAACUACCCUGCCGACAUCUCCGCGACCCUUCACCACGCCCUCGUCACCAUCCCGCGGCGGCUGGCCCACCUGCUGCACCGCAACCCGGCCUACAUCAGCCCGGCCGUCGAGGCCUUUUACCUGCGCGACCCCAUCGCGCUGAAACCCCUCAAGCAAGACGACGCCAAGGAGCCCGCCGCCGCAACAGCAACGACGACACCUCCACCUCCAACCCUGAAGUUCCCACCCCAAGACCUCGUGACGGUGCGCGUGCGCUUCACCAAAGUCGGCUACGCGCAGCUCAAGUCGCAAGAAUUCGACGCCCCCAACACAUCCUGGGCCGACGCCCUCAAACAACCACCAGCAUCCACCACCACCACCGAACAGCAGCAGCAACACCACGACCGCCUCCACCUCGGCAUGAAGCUCUCCAGCGGCUUCGACAUGCUAGUCCUCGACCCCGCGCACCGCGACACCCCCGCCGUGCGAGAAAUCGCGCUGCUGCUCGACGACCUAGAGACGGGCGACGACGCGCUGCCGACGGACGCGGAGGUGGCCGGGUGGGACGCGCGCGAGGACGACGACAGCUGGAUGAACAUCGACUACGGCGAUUUCGAGCGCGAGUUGGCGGGCAAGAAGGGCUUCACCAUGGAGGGGACGAGGGGCACGGACGAAGGGUUCGGGGACAAGGACGUCCAGGCGAAUCUGCGGAAGAUGGUGGAGCGGUUUGAGGGUUUUUUGAACGAUGAUGGCGCGGGGCUGGAAGGGGCGGAGGGGGGGCUGGAUGAUAUGGAUGAGGAGGAUGAUGAUGAUGAUGGUAGCGAGGUCAGCAGCGAGGGCGAGGAUAAGGUGGCGUCGUUUGAUGAGGAGGAGUUCUCGAAGAUGAUACGGACGAUGAUGGGGAUGCCGGAGGAGGUCUACAAGGAGGUCAUGGAGAUGCCGAUAGAUGAGGUGAGGAAGCUGAAGGGCGAGCAGGUCGAGGCGAGGCUGAAGGAGAAGGAAGAGGAGGCGAAGAUGUUUGGGCCCCCGAGGCCGCCGCCGAAGGGCUCAGGGCAGAAAGGCGCCAAGAAGGUGGUGGAAGAACUGAGCUCUGACGACGACGACGAAGACGCGUAUGAUCCGAAGGAGGCGGAGGAAUUCCGCAAGAUGAUGGAGAGCAUGGAGGCGGAACUCAAGGAGGCUGGUGCGCUAGACUUGAAUCCGAAGCCCCAGUCUGCUGCUGAUGGACAGAAAUCCAUCAAGGCUAAGGGUAAAGGAAAGGCAAAGGCAGCGGCAGAGGAUGAUGAUGAUGUGGAGGAGAUUGAAAGAAGCGAUAAUGAAAAGGAAGAGGCUGGCGAUAUGGAUUAUAACCUGUUGAAGAAUAUGCUGGAGGCCUUCAAGGGCCAGGCCGGUAUGGCGGGGCCUGCGGGCAACAUGAUGGGAAUGAUGGGUGUUAAUAUGCCAAGGGAUGAACCGGAAAAGAAGUGA